ACUUUUUUGUCAGGUUACCAGAUAUGGUCAGGAUAACUCAUAGUGAUAACCUCCGUCAUAAAAAUUGAAUUGUAAGAAACCCACAACAAUUGGGCUCUAUUGGAUUCACUAAGAGUUACCUGCUAAUCUUAGAAGAUUCACUACACUGAAGUGGUUUGAACUCUUUUGAAACUGAUCUUUAAAAAAUGAAGAAAUUUCAGAAAAGCUUUUAGGAGCAUGUGGAAGGACCAGUUCUUGAAUCCUACAUAAAUAUAAUAAAUCUCAUAGGUGCAUUAAACAUGUCAAAAUAUGACACCUGAGUUAAAAGUUUAUGGGGAGGAGUAGCAAAAGGAUCAGCCAUGUGGUAGAGUCUCCUUCUCUGGCUGGAUGACCAUCAGUUGGGAGGGCUUCCUGCCAGCAGAAGAGGAUCAGACUGGAUGGACCUUGUGGUCUCUUCCAACCCUAUGAUUAUCAACCUAGCACAGUCAAUCAAUCAAAUAGUUUAUUGUACUAUCCCAAGACCAUGUCAAAAGGGUACAGGUGCAGGAUGCACAGAAUAGUACCCUCAAAGCAAACAAGAAGCAGAAGAUAACAAACAUAGGCGAGCUUCAUGCUCACACAAAGAGCAAAAAAAUAUCGUGAAUUAUCAAUAGUUAUUAGGGGCAGGUCAAAUUAACCCCUUGAGUCUCUGUAGCAGUUGAUGGCAAUUUUAUCUAGCUCUCUCUUUCUGAUCUUUUUUGCAUAGCUAAUUUAUAUGUUACAUAGUCAUUUGAGUCACUUAGCAAAAACUGAACUGUUUCUCCAAGAGAGUUGCCAUUGUCUUUUAUCAACAGAGGUUUCAAAUAUAUUUUGCUUGAGAUCCAACCCUAUGAUUUUAUGAAACCAACUGGAAGAUUUGCUUGGGUUCACUGUAAUGCUGAAGUUCUUGUCAUGGCAGUUAAAGUACAUGCAUUUUUAAUUUGGAUGUGCCCAAGGCCUUUUCAACUCCACAAAAUAAUGUAAUAAUUCCACUUUAACUGCUAAUUUUGCUGUUUAGAGAGGACUACUGCAUUUCAUAUUCGGCCCUUGGUCAUAAAUGAAGACCAAGUGGAGCGAGUGGUCAGUUUUAAGUUCCUGGGUGUCAUUGUUAAGGAGAAUCUGACCUGGGGCACUCAUAUGGCAUCGUAGGUUAAGAGAGCCCAGCAGAGAUUGUACUAUCUGAGACAACAACUGAAUGAAAAAAUGCUGGUGACUUUCUACCACUGUGCUAUAGAGAGUGUCCUAACCUACUGUAUCUGUGCAUGGUUAGGUAACUGCACAGCGGCAGAUAAGAAGGUGCUCCAAAGGGUUACCACUACUGCAGAAAAUCAUUGGUUGCCCUCUCCCCUCUUUGGAAGAACCUUAUAAGUCCCUGAAACCUUAGGAAAACUCAGAGCAUUUUUAAGGAUCCAUCUCACCCAGCAUAUUAUUUUUUAGAAUUAUUACCAUCUGGCAAACCAUACAGGUGACAAAGACAAGGACAAACAGACUGAGUGAUAGCAUUUAUCCUACAGCUGUUACUAUAUUGAACUCCAUGGUUUUGCAUUGAUGUGGCAUUGAGGGCUGUGUGGUGGUGGUUGGAGUAUGGAGGGAUGGGUGUGUUGUUUUGUGAUGUGUGUUGGGGAAAGCAUUUAAUUUUGUUGUAAAAUUUACAAUGACAAUAUAGUUAUUAUAUUCUAUUCCACUGGCUCAUCAAAUUACUGACCACAGAAUUCCAUAGAAUGCAGCCAUGAUAGUUAAAAUAGACCGAUAUUUCUAUAAUUGUGUAGCAUGAAUGUGAUCCUGGUUAUUCCAACUAGCAGAAUAAAUAAUUUUGGAAACACUUCCACUUUCAGAGGGUACUGAUGGUGAAUUCAGCUUUAAACACUAUAAUGGGAAGAUAUUCCUAAUUUUUAAAAGUAACUUUUAAAACUUUUAAAAUGUUUUGUGGUCUUGUUUAGAAAUUCUCACAUCAGCUGUUUCAUGCUGCCAGCAAACAUAUUGUUAUAACAAAAGUUUAGCCCAAGGAAUUCUCCUGGUAAACCACUCAAAACCCUUAAUCCAGCAGGAAUUAAAAAGGUUGUGAAUCACUAGAUCUGUGGGUGUUGCUCUUUUCUUCUCUUCUGAAUAUAUUAAGCCCUUUCCCUUAUCAAGAUGGUAUAUAAACACUAGCUACUCUCAUAGAGUUCAUUGGAUCAAAUUGAUUUGUUGAGUCUUCUUCAGCUGGUUGUGACACAAAGCCAAGGUUUCUCUACCACCAUGAAGCUGCUUGUUCUUCUUUCCUGCAUUCUGGCUGUGGCAGUUGCUGGCCCAGUUCGAAGGUCAGCAAGCUCCAGUGAAGAGCGUCGUCGAGGUCCUCAGCCUAUGAUUCCCCCUAUGUACCCACAGUUUCCACCUCAGUUUCCAGCUCAGUUUCCACCUCAGUUUCCAGCUCAACCAAACGUUCCUCCACAGAUGAUACCUAUUCCCAUUCCCUAUGAUCCAGCUCAGAAUGCUACUGGUGGUAUCCCACUCCCGGGACCAUUUCCUGUAAAUCCUGCAGUUCCUUUCCCGGGACCAUUUCCUGGAUAUCCUUUUCCGGGCGCUUAUCCUGGAUAUCCUUUUCCGGGCUUCCCACCAGUUUUAGGGAAGUAACAUCCCAGCAGAUACACCCUCUUGGUAAUUGGGACCAAAUGUGAAAGAUGUCUUUCAAGCCAGCCUGCCUCCCUUUAACUCUUCUGAUGCAGUCUUCAAGACCCAUGUGAAAGUAUCUUGAAUGGCCCUUUAGGAAACUCCAUAUGACUAAAAAGAAUUGUGAUUCAUUUUUGACAAUAUAAUACAUCUGUAAUUGCUGAUACAUAUUUCACCUAAAGCUAUGUAAAAGCAUCAAUUUCCCAGCUACAUCAUAUUGGGAACAUUAAGCAUAGACGACUUUAGAGAAUCCUGUUUGCCUUAUGGAGUUACCUUUUAUUAACAUCAGCAUGGAAUAUUUUAUAAUCUUCUAUCACUUAACCUCCUGCCACAUGAUUUCCUAACACAGGAAAUAUAGACAUAAAUGCAUAGGUUCCAAGCUUACUGAUCAUAGAUUAAUUGCCUCACUAAUAAAUUUAGAAUCUAACAACUGUUUUAUUGCUUACUGAAAAGUGCUAUUUUUUCCUUUUAACAAUUGCAUAAAUAAAUAAUAUAAAUCAA